UCAGAAACGUCAAAAAUUUGAAAAUAAACACAACACUCGAACGCUUUUGUCGUUUUCGCAGGUGAAGCGGAAGUUCGUCGUCCUGUUUAAUUUUGAAGAUUGCCUAUUUUUACAGCACUCAGCUACCGUCACGAUGAUCGGCACCAACACCGAUCUGUCGAGAAACAUUGCCGGACUGUGUCGGAUUUGUUCGGCCCCGGGAUCGCACAGCCUAUUCGCCAAAAUCCCACCGUAUCUGCAUGAACACCCUCGCGAAUGUCCCCGCUGGACGAUGCCGAUCGGCAAGCUGGUAACCGAAGUUGCUGGAAUCGACAUCAGCAAGGACGACGGAUUGCCGCAGAAGAUUUGUGUUCUGUGCAUUUCCUACCUGAAACACGCGUACACGUUCCGCCGGCAGACGAUCGACAAUGUGGCUGCGCUGUUGGCUGCCCGAUAUCUGGUUGGGCUGCAGGAGCAACGUAAUAAUGAUAAGAAUGGUGCUGCGGUGCAAAGGGAAGACACUAUCCCGACGGUGGUGGUUUCAGCAGGCGUCAUCAGAGCUGAAGUGAAUGACGUUACGUACAGAAUGAUGAAUGUCGGUAUUGGUCGACCGAUUGCAUAUCAAAAGAGUUUGGAUAAGGAAGUGAUGCAGCGGGUGCUCGGUUGUAGCGUGAACAUGAAGAAGCAAAACAAUGUAGAAGAAGAGCAGCGGCAGAUUGAGGAAGCAAUAAGGGGAAGAUUUCAAGGAACGCCACCUUGUGCAGCAAAGUCGGGAUUUUUUACAUAUACUGAAAAAGAAUUUGAAGAGGAUGAUGUCAUGGAGCUUGACGUUUUAAAGGAGAAUAAUAUUACUUUUAGUUUGCCAGCAGACUAUAAAGAGAAAAAAUGUCCAUCUUGUCGGAAGAGGUUUAUGUUCGAUGACUCGUUGAACGAGCAUCUUGAAGAGUGUUUGCAAUUCAAACUUAUCAAAUUUAUACGGGAAGUGUACCAUCUGCUUUUUCUAAAGGAGAAUCGGUCGAUUUCUUCGUUUGAAUUUAUUCGGCGGGUUGUUUUUUCUAUCAGGAAAAGCGCUCAACAGAUAUCAAACGUUGACGGCGAAAACGUAGAGGACGAGGAAGUAGAAGAAACGCCAUCAGUGAAGAUUGCCGAAGAACCACUUAAAAACGAUCGAUCGUUUAUAAGAAAUUUGGAAAAAUUGCGUACCAAUUACAAUCCGGAAGGAAACAACAUCCCAUCACCUAUUUUUUCGCAACAUAUGGAUGACGGUCGAAGUUCGAUAACGACGGGAUCAACCUCGAUUUCACCCAUCGUAACAGUCACUCGUUGCGAAGAGUGCCAAGCCACGUUCGAAUCUGUAACCGACCUUGAAGCGCACAAUCUGAACUAUCACCGUGAACUACCAGUCCCACUAGCUACUCUGAACAAUCAGCAAACGUUCUUCCAAUUGCCCAUAUCGUACGUUUCACUAUCCUCAAAGGAUGUUCCGUUGAUCAAAAAUCAGCUUCUCUCGGAAACCCCGGAACCAAUCAGUGGGCCUUCUAACGCUGACUGUGAGGACCGUUUCAAAAUGAUCCAGUGUUCGACGUGCAGCAAACGUUUCUACAUGAUCUCACAGUUGGAUGAGCACCGGAUUCGAUAUCAUCGAAAAUCGCCUCGUCCAGUGAAGCUUCCAUCCGCGGGAAACCGGGGCAGUCCUUUCGAUCGCAAUCGAAAGAAUCUGAAUGCAAGCUAUUUUCACACCAUGGAACAGUUGAAGGAUUCUAAUUAGAUGCCGGUUUGCUUUCCAGUUGAGGCACAUUUUUUUUAUUUUCGGAACAAAGACUGCUAUCUGUGAGGUAUUAAUUUUCGUACCUCCCUAAUUUAUGAACUUUGAAUUUUGUUACGUGCUGUGUUAUGUCUAUAUUUUUAAUCACUUGACAGCAUCUUUUAUUACUUAAUGACGACAGGAGAUAAUGCUCAUUUAUUUGAUAAGUUUAUACCCA